AUGAUAGGCAUCAUGGUGGGGCUCACCUCCUUCUUGUCCUUCCUGUUCAUGGCAGGUCCCUACAUCAGGAAGUUCUUUGCUGGUGGAGUUUGUACAUCAACUGUGCAGCUUCCUGGAAAGGUAGUUGUGGUUACUGGAGCCAAUACGGGCAUUGGGAAGGAGACUGCCAAAGACCUUGCUCGUAGAGGAGCCAGGGUAUAUAUUGCCUGCCGGGACAUACUAAAGGGAGAGUCGGCUGCCAGUGAGAUCCGGGCUGCCACAAAGAACCAGCAGGUGUUCGUUCGGAAGCUGGACCUGUCAGACACCAAGUCCAUCCGGGCCUUUGCUGAGGGCUUCCUGGCAGAGGAAAAGCAACUCCACAUACUAAUUAAUAACGCAGGCGUGAUGAUGUGUCCGUACUCCAAGACAGCAGAUGGCUUUGAGACCCACCUUGGAGUCAACCACCUGGGUCACUUCCUUCUGACUCACCUGCUCUUGGAGAAGCUAAAAGAGUCAGCCCCAUCCCGGGUGGUGAACGUAUCUUCCGUGGGUCACCAUUUGGGCCGCAUUUUCUUCCAAGACCUGCAAGGGGAAAAGCACUAUAACCGAGGCUUUGCCUAUUGCAACAGCAAGCUGGCCAAUGUGCUUUUUACCCGGGAACUGGCUUAUCGGCUGAAAGGGACUGGUGUCACCACAUAUGCAGUACACCCGGGGUUAGUCCAGUCAGAAUUGGUACGCCACUCAUUCCUCUUGUGUCUGCUGUGGCGUCUGUUUACCCCCUUUGUGAAGACAACCCCUCAGGGUGCUCAGACCAGCCUGCAUUGUGCCUUGGCUGAAGGCAUUGAAUCUCAGAGCGGCAGAUAUUUCAGUGAUUGCCGGAAAGCAUGGGUGUCACCAAAGGGUCGUAACAACAAGACAGCCAAGCGCCUAUGGGAUGUCAGCUGUGAGCUCCUGGGCAUUUAA